AUGAGCAGUGAUAUCCAAAUACCUAUAAAAUUUAAUGAUUCUGAUUUUCGAGAGGUUCAAAUUCAAGAUCAAUCAGAAAACCCUAGAUCUCCCUUUAUAUUAAUUCCAGCAGGAUCAAGACCUGGUGGCUUUCAGCCAAUACCUUUAUCUCAGCUUAAUUCUGUCCCACCACUAGUAUCCCCAUUAGACCCGAAAGAUAUAAAAUACAAAAAUGUACUCAAAUCUUCCAAAAAAGUGCGCUAUAUCUCUAUUCUUGAUAUGGUUUACUGUCUCUCUUAUAUAAUAAUCGGCGAAUUCAUCCUAGUAUUUCUUGUUAUUUUUGGGCUUUUAGGAUUUUUUUCUUCAUAUAAACUCCAUAGAAGCUUAUCAAUGUCAUAUAUAAUAACUCUUAUGUUUGUUAUGAUUUUGAAAUUAUUAAUAGCAGCAGAUGAAAAUGAGUUAGGUUUUGCGGGCUUAAUGAUCUUAUAUUUUAUAUUAGAAGGAAUUUCUUUAUAUUUUUCUAUCAAAUUUUUUAAAAUUUUGGGAACUCUGGAGCCAAAAGAAAGGCUGGAGCUGUUAGCCUUACAGAAUGGGCCAAAUCGAUCAAAUAGAGGGUUAGCAAGGUCAGAAACUGCAAGACCUAUUCAAAUUCCUGCAGGCCCUCCCGCGAAUGAAUCAGUGCAAGAUAACAGUUCUCAGCUGGGUGCUGAUUUUGAGGCCCCAGGUCUCAAAAAUUUGCAGCCAAUUCAAGAAUUCCCAAGUAUAGUACAUUAUUCAGAAGGUGAAGGAACUGAACAGCAUGAUAGGCCCCUGAAUCCAAGCGAUAGAUUAGAAUAA